UCAUUAUAAAAGGCGCUGCUUAUGUGUAAAGAAAUUCAGUUUUGACUAUUUCGCCUUUCAAUGCCAGUAUAUACUAUCUAGCUAACAUGAUGACUAUCACAGUGGUUUGUUUGUUUCUGGUUUACCAGUUUUCUGGAUCUGCAGGACUUUUAUAUCAAAAUCGGGAUCAUAACGAAUCCGUAAAAAGUGACCACGAUUUAUUGACUCAAUUCGAGCAAAAGCUGCGAAAUUUGACCGAUGAAGUCAACUCCCUCAAAGCCUUGGAGAUCGAGAUGGGUCACUUGAAAAAAGAAAAUAGAUGGUUAAUGAACGAGGUGCAGAUCUGCAAUCAGACAUUGGGGAACACGAGCAAGACUGUGGAUAAUCUAAUGAAACAGACACGAUACCUUUCAGUUUCAAUGCUUGAUCUGACGACCACCACAAAAUCCAUGAACAGAAGUAUUUCUGAAUGUGUUCAGGAUAUAUCAAGCUCUGUUCAAAACACCUCCAGUAUGUGUACGAGAGUCUCGCGGGAACUUAAAAGUUAUCAGGAGAACCAAAAUCUCCGAGAUAUUGCAAAUGCUGAUGUCUUCAAUAAAACUGUUGCGGACCUCAUGAACGAUGUCCAGAAGUAUUCUUCCGAACAGUUAAAAGUCUCCGCCAGCCUCACUUCCAUGCAAAACACACAGGCACACCUUGUCAACCAGAUCUCCGCCUAUGGAACACGCGUUGCUUUCACGGCAGGCUUUGUUCAGCAUCAUACAGGGGACGAAAGUUCAACGGAUAUGAUUUUUCCACAUGUAAUCACAAAUAUUGGAGGGGGCUACAACUCAAGAAAUGGUGUCUUUACAGCACCUACUAGUGGCACAUACGUUUUCUUCACAACCAUUGUAUCUUGGGAUGACGGCGCCAUCUCUACAGACAUUGUUCUCAACGGUAACAGUCAAGUCAGGACCCAUGCAAGUAGUACAGGAUUUCAGCAACCCACAUUCUACGUUUACGAAACAGGAACCAACCUGGUUUGUCUUCAUUUGCAAGUUGGAGAUAGGGUUUGGGUGAGGAGAUAUUCUGGAAAGGGGUUCAUCGUAACUACGGCGCCCACCCAUACAUUUUCUGGAUAUCUUCUGUAACAUUGAGUAUGACUAUAUAAAAUUUUGAAGGAUGUGAUUUCACUCCAUAAUAGAACAUCUAUAAAUUUAACAUUGAGUAUGAAUACACAUGUAUAUGAACUUUUGAAGAAAGCGAUUUCACUCCAUAAUGAAACAAUUUUAAAACAUUGAGUAUAUUAUUUUACUCCACAACAUACACAAGAGGUGGUGUAAAACAAAUGUGGAUUUUAAAAACUUCUAAACAACAUUUAGUAAAUUUCAAAUCGUAAAACUUUUCUCAAAUCAACAACAUUAAAACGUAUGUCUUUUCAACACUUUAUAUGACCAUUCCUCACGAUGAAUUAAAGACUAGGCUUUUUGACAUCACAGACAGCUGUUUCUUCAAUAAAAUUGGGGGAAAAUGUU